UUUUAAAGAGAGACGUGUCGUGUCAGUCGGCUGAAAGUCAAUUUUUCGUAAAAUCGAAUUGCUGGAACUAAUGUAUGAGAAAACAUUUCUAUAAUAGUUUGCGGUGUUUUACGAUAAGAAGAUGCCGGCCGUAAGCUCCGUGAAGCCGGCCAACGGCCCCAAUAAGGGGUUGUUUAAUAAUACGACCGGCUUCAGUACUCUUAUCACUGUUACGGUUCUCACGUUGGCUUGGUUGGCCGGGUUUGCUUCUCGGCUUUUCGCUGUUAUACGGUUUGAGAGUAUUAUUCACGAGUUUGAUCCAUGGUUCAACUACCGAUCUACCGCUUAUAUGGUACAGCACGGGUUUUACAACUUUUUGAAUUGGUUUGACGAGCGAGCAUGGUACCCCUUGGGGCGCAUUGUCGGCGGUACCGUGUACCCGGGCCUUAUGAUCACUUCAGGGACCAUACACUGGAUCCUUCACACAUUGAAUAUCCCUAUUCAUAUAAGAGAUAUUUGUGUGUUUUUAGCUCCGGUUUUCAGCGGCCUGACAGCCAUAGCAACAUAUCUGCUAACUUCUGAGCUAUGGUCCCGUGGAGCUGGUCUGUUUGCAGCCUGCUUCAUUGCUAUCAUCCCCGGCUACAGCAGCCGGUCCGUAGCUGGCAGUUACGACAAUGAGGGAAUUGCAAUCUUUGCUCUGCAGUUCACUUACUAUCUUUGGCUGAAGAGUGUGAAAAGUGGUUCCAUUUUCUGGUCUAUCUGCACUGCUAUUUCUUACUUUUACAUGGUAUCAGCAUGGGGUGGCUAUGUGUUCAUCAUCAACCUUAUUCCCCUGCAUGUGUUUGUGCUGCUCAUCAUGGGCCGGUUCUCACAGAGGCUGUUUGUGAGCUACUCAGUCUUCUACAUAGUUGGCCUGCUGAUGUCUAUGCAGAUUCCGUUUGUUGGUUUCCAGCCCAUACGGACUAGUGAACAUAUGGCUGCUUCUGGUGUGUUCGCCCUCAUGAUGGCGGUCGGCGCCCUCAAAUACCUGCACAUGCUGAGUCCCAAGGGCCAGUUUAAGCAGCUACUGAUAGUCGGUGGACUGGUCGCCGCCGCGCUCGUUUUCUUGGCCGUGGUGGCGUUGACCUACGUGGGCGUUAUCGCUCCGUGGAGUGGACGGUUCUACUCGCUAUGGGACACAGGCUACGCCAAGAUCCACAUCCCGAUCAUCGCGUCCGUGUCCGAGCACCAGCCGACCACCUGGUCCUCGUUCUUCUUCGACCUCCACGUGCUGGUCUGCACGUUCCCUGUGGGCCUGUGGUAUUGCAUCAAGAAUGUCAAUGAUGAGAGAGUAUUCGUGGCGCUGUACGCCCGUAGCGCCGUAUACUUCGCGGGUGUGAUGGUGCGUCUGAUGUUGACCCUGACGCCGGUCGUGUGCGUACUGGCCAGCAUCGCGUUCUCCAUACUACUGGACCUCGUCUUACGUGAGGAUGAGCUGCCCGUCGCGCCCGCAGACUCGGAUGAGAAAAACCUCUACGAUAAGGCGGGCAAGCUGAAGAAGCGUACGCUGGAGCCGACCCCCCCGGCGGACUCCGGGCUCGGCAUGAACGUGCGCUCCGGCACGCUGAUCGCGUUCAUGAUCCUGCUCAUGCUGUUCUCCGUGCACUGCACCUGGGCCACCUCCAACGCCUACUCCAGCCCGAGCAUCGUGCUGGCCAGCUAUGGGAAUGACGGUUCACGCAAAAUCCUGGACGAUUUCCGCGAAGCUUACGGUUGGCUAUCACAGAACACUGCUGAAGACGCGAGAGUCAUGUCUUGGUGGGAUUAUGGUUACCAGAUAGCGGGAAUGGGAAAUAGAACAACUCUAGUCGAUAACAACACGUGGAAUAAUUCCCACAUUGCGCUCGUCGGCAAGGCCAUGGCGAGUAAUGAAAGUGCCGCUUAUGAAAUAAUGACCAUGUUGGAUGUAGACUACGUUCUCGUGAUAUUUGGCGGCGCUAUCGGCUACUCAGGCGAUGACAUCAACAAGUUCAUAUGGAUGGUCAGGAUCGCAGAAGGAGAGCACCCUAAGGAUAUUCACGAAGCGGAUUAUUUUACAGAGAGAGGGGAAUACCGAAUAGAUUCUGAAGCAUCGAAAACGAUGUUAAAUUCUUUAAUGUACAAGUUAUCAUAUUAUAGAUACGACAGCGGCGGGAGCCCGCCGGGCUACGACAGGACGCGCGGCGCGCUGCCCGGCCACCGCGGGUUCCGCCUCACCUACCUCGAGGAGGCCUACACCACCGAGCACUGGCUCGUGAGGAUAUACAGGGUUAAAAAACCAGACGAAUUCAAUCGUCCGCGACUGCCAUUAGCGAAGAGGACGAUUUCUACAUCCAGUGGUUUAUCCAAAAAGCAACCGCUAUCAGUAGGAGAGUCGGACACGACUUCACGAAGAAGAAAAGGUAUCCUAAAGAAUAAGCCCACGGUCGUGAAGGGCAAGAAGAUAAGCCGGCUGGAGUGACGCGGCGCUCGUCGCAACACGAGGUCGUGACUCCGCAUCAGUGGUAAUCUUGCAGCCUCUACAUCGUCUUGCAAUCCUUUAACUUCAAUAUUUACGCAUCAGAACGAACCGAGUGAUCUUUUAAUUGCCCUUAUGUCGAAACCAUCUUCAUUGAAACGCUUUAAUGCAUAGUGUUUUUACAAGGUAACGUAUGGCGGAGUUCUCGAUUGCUCGGUUUCUGCAUAUUUAUAUUUAAUAGAUUUAGAAUACGUUUAGUUAUCAAUCUAUCUCAAAUCAUAUGUCGGUAUAACUAAAUUGAGUGAUUUAUGAAUUCGAAAGUAUGGCAAAGUAAAGUUAUCUCACAGCGGUUACAAUGUUAUGUAUGUAAUAAUUAUUUUGUUCCUUCCCUUGUUUUCGAAGACAAUAAGUAUGUUCACCAAUAAUGUAACGUGUAAUGUAUUGUAUAAUGUUCGACGGUCUAGUUGUAUUUUAGGAGAGAUAGAUAGGUAGAUUCAAUAAUUUUGUUACUGAGAUUAGAAGGAACAUUGAAGACUAAUGUUAACUCGAAUUAUUUUUAGGCGUCAUUCUGGGCUAGUUAGUAUAGUUCCUUCUAAUGUAAUGCGGAUUGCGUGAGCGAGAUUAUUAGAGUUACGGUGUUUUGAGGCCAUACUACGCGAGAUGAAUAAUUAUGUAAUGGUGCUCUGACAUUGGCUAUUAUAAAGUGUUAAGUUGUAUAACAUCGUGUGACAGGGACAACAUGGUGUUUUAUUAUGUUGUCCCUCUCAUGCAUUGUUAUAUAACAUUUUAUAACAGCCAAUGUGGGAACACCAUAAUACCCAUUACCCACAAAUACAUACCUUUUAAAAUUAAUCUACUAUAAUGUAUUCGUACUCGCGUAGUGUACACCAAGAUACCUCGUAAGGUGUAUGCCGGUAACGGCGUGUGCCACGAGACCUUACCACUGAUGUAGCUAAUGUUUGACUGACACCCAUUAUCUAUUUACUUAGUCCAUUAGAUAAAUAUUUCUUAAUAUUUAAAUACUUCGUUAACAUUUGAUUUCGGCACUGAGUGCGUAUGUCACGUUUUCGGGGCACGAUGUGGUAACAAUGGGUAUAAUGUGUUUGAGUUUCUAAAGCAUUUGGUGCUAAAGCUGCAUUAAAGAGUGGGACACCAGAAAUUUUAGUGUAAUUUAUAUUCACAUAUUUUUUCUUUUCCUCAGUCCAAUUUUAUUUCAUUGUACAGUCAGCAAUACUAUUAGCUUAGCACCUUUUUAUACAAACUUCUUCUCAGGGAGGGUACCUUUUCUCUGUAGCUGGCUGUACUUAGGGCAUACUGAAAAAUAAGUCGUCUCAUAUAUCAGAAUCUAGAAACUUUCAGUAUGGUCUACGUACAACGGCUUGCAAAAGGUAUUCCAGAUAUCUUAAAUAAAUGAAAUAGACCACGAAGCGCGUACGUGUAUACUCAUUCUGAGUUCUGAGGGGUUAUCCGCAGAUGGUCUAGAACUCAAAAUGACUAGUGUGUUGUUUUGCCUAAAUCGCAAUUAGUCUACAUCGCAAACGGUCUAGAACGCAAAACGCCCGAAUUAUUUUUUCCGUUUUAUCUUAACUUUAUAGCGAUGUCUUCCGCGGGGCUCCUAUUCUGUGCUUUUUGGCCUUCGGCCAUUUGAGGAUACCUAACGAACCUAACCUACCUAUGUAAAUUGUGGUGAUAUAAAAAGUGGGCAUUUUGCGUUAUAGACCGUUUGCGAUGUAGACUAAUUGCGAUUUAGGCAAAACAACACACACUAGUCAUUUUGCGUUCUAGAUUAUCUGCGGAUAACCCAUUCUGAGGGUUAUCCGCAGAUCUUCGACCCUCUCGACUUGCCUACUGCCAUGUUUUGGGCUUGCACGUUAAAUUAGCCAAUGGUUUAUUUAUUAGGUGACUAUUGUAUGAAUAUUUUUGAAGCGUUGUUUUUAUUUUAUCCUCUAAGUCACAUCGUGUCGCGUCCGAUCUAACAAUAACCGACGAGUGCACGUGUGAACAUAUCCUUAGAUCAGUCUUAUUUGUUGUAUUAUCUGUAGAUCUAAUAACUACAGAUGGCACUCUGCUCGGCGGGCAAGGGCUCGCUCAUACAAUGAUGUUUAAAACGAGUGGGGUACGAAUUGUUCGUAUUUCGUGUUUCGUAUUCGUGUUGGUGUUUUCGUAUGUGGGGUAGACGCAAAUUUUACUAAUUGAAUAGCAACAAAUCCGUUGUCAUUAGGCAUUCUUUGAUUGCUAUUUAACGAUCUUUGAAUUAAUAUUAUUUUUAUUUGAAAUAUAGAACAUAUUAGGAACACCUAUUUAAACAUACUGUGUGAGCGAGACGUAACAUCGGACGCUUUGAAAACUUAACGAUCUAUAGUGAGAACGUGAGCAGUUCAAAAUAAAUUAUGUAUUUAUGUCUAUCAUUACUAAGAACGUCCAUUUGUAAUAUUUAUAUAAUGAUCGAUAAAUAAUUUACAUUAUAAUUAGUGUUUAUUAUAAAUUAGUGUUCUACUUGUUUUAUUCCUGAAUGCGAUGCUUUUUUGUUUUGCUAGGCUACUCCUCACUUCGGUACUUAUCGCUACUCAGCAGCGGUAUCAUGGUCGCAUUUAUCUCCUGUCAUGCCAUGCGUCACUUUCGCACUUACAUAUUUGUUAGAACGUGACAGGCAUGGUGACAAAUGAUAAAGAGCCGACCAUAUUAGCCCUACAGGUCGCGUUAUAUGCACUUCACCAAUUUGACACUUUCUAAUUCAUAUACUAUUGUUACUAUUUGUUGUCUACCAAAGUAUGAAUAUGAUGAUAAGAAUAACUUAUGGUUAUCAAUAAGUUUGUAAUCUGUAAUCUGGAUUCUGUAAUACUAAUAUCAUUUAUUUGAUGGUUGCUUUCGGGCUCUUAAGUGAGAGGUGUUAUUUUGAUUUUAUUGUUGCACGACACUAUUGUUUUCGUAUUGUGACAGAGUUUUAUCGAUCUGUAGGAGAGAUAUCUAGUGCUCUACUGUUUUUAAUAAACUGAUGGAGACGA